CACUAGGUGCUAUAGUGACAGUUCCCCUGGCAAUUCAGUGUGUGUGUGCAAUGGGAGGAGAAGGAAAUAAAGUCAAGGCCAUGCACUGGACAACAUGGGAGAUGGAGAAAGUUCUUGUCCUGUAAUGUUGGUGCAGGAUUUACAGCAGCUGGAUGUAAACCUGCUUUGUUGGGGCAGCGGGGAGCUCGGCCAGACUGUAAGUGUGAGGUCAGAGGUUAUGAGUCCAGACGAGGCCCAUCUGAGAGAGUUCACAAAGGCAAGGCUUGGUGCAGUAAAGCUGCUGUCGUGUGGAUCCAGUCAUUGUGUUGUGGUUACAGAGGAACACAAAAUAUUUGUGUGGGGGAAUGGCACCAGUGGACAGCUUGGAAAUGGAAAGAGAGAAGUAAAAGAUCAUGCACUCAAUGUGAAGUUGCCACAGGAUCUGAAUGUGACGGGAAGUAAGACAGAUAUGGAUGUAGACAGAAUAAUUGGCGUGGCCUGUGAAAGCAAACACUCCUUCAUAUGGACUCAGAACAGACGGGCCUACGGUUUUGGGAACAACUUCUACGUCCAGCUUGGUUAUGACUUCCAGAAGGCUGACUUUAAAGAGCAUCAGAUACAACUUUACAAUGUCUUUACAUUGAUAAGUAAAUCAAACAUAUGUACCAGAUAUAUGCUAAGUAUGUAAUGUGUACUCCUGCCACCCAGAAAAACUAUAAUAACUGAAUGAAAACAUUUUCACAUCAUUUCAUUAAAACAGUGGUUUCACUGUAUUGAUGAAGAGCAGAAUAAUCGAACAGAGAUACGUUUUAUUGCUAUAUUUAGGGUAUUUUUUAAGUGUGACUGUUUAAGGUAAUGAAAAAUACUGUAGUCAGGUCUAAUUAUACUUUUAAAAUGUAUACUAGCUCUCAGUUACAAUAUGGCUCCAGAAAGAUCAGAGGAGAGAUUCAACUCCCAUCUCAUCUGAUACAUUCUUUGCCAAGAAAGGUAUUCUUAUAGUCAUUUUGACAGAUUAUUCUGGUGUCUUUGGAAAAUUUUAGUGUCAGUUGUUCUUUGGGCAAAUAAAUAAAGUAUACAUGAAUAGAGGAAUGUCAUAUUUACUCAUGCUGAGUCUUGCAAGUGAUACGUUCAAGUUGCAUUGGUCUUGCAAUAACAUUUUGAGCAUUCUAAAACCAAAUCAUUGUGUUAUUUGUUAAACUUUCUGCUGAUUGUUUUUAUUUACCUCAAACACAGCACCACACCAGUGCGGUAUGCGCUUUCACAGAUUUCAUUGGUCUAUUGGGUAAAAUCUGUUUAGCAUGAUAACCUUCUAUUUUUAUGAGCACAUUUAAUGAGAAUAAUCUAAAAAUGACAUCAUUGAUUCAGGGCCUGUGUGUAAAUUUUAUCUUUCUGUCUCCUGUCUUUUCUAUACAAGUAUCAGGGCAUUUUAUCCAGACAAACCCAAAGGUAAGUGCUGGUGAAUUGAGAUUGCUCCUUAUGUAAAGUGUUCCUCUUGCAUUGUAGCUUAUUUUUUGCCUACUCAUAGGAUUUGAUUGAGUCCCUCUGUCCCUCUUUUACCCAGUGAAGCCCAUCACACCCUCUUCCUUCUCAUGCAAAAUAAGCCCAUUUACUGCAGUGUGACAGUGUCUGGGUGAAUGAUUGCCACUCAGCACUUGAUAUAUGGAUAUGUGCCUGUAUGCACAUGUAUAGUGGAUAUAUUACAUCUCCGACAGAUUUCCCCAGUCUUUUUCACUUACAUUAGUGCAUUGUUGUACAUUACAUCUUUCAUUUUCUUACUCCACAUUGUAUAAUGAAUGGAUUUAAACAGACACAGAAUAUUUCAGUGUACUUCCUCUCUCUUUAGCCCUGAAUAUAGUUAUCUUCUCCCAUUAGUUAUUUCUGUGCUGAAGUCAGUAUAGAGAAGCUAAACACUUAGAUAAAGAAAAAAAAGCAUGUUAACAAAGUCUGGAUGGAAGAAAGAAAGACAGCAGAUUUAUUAGGUUCAUUUCUGUUUUUUUACUAGCUCAUAGAAAAUGUUUGUUUAAUUACCAAAAUACCGUUUCAGUGUUAUGUUAUCAGUUCUUCCACUGGCCUUUUUCCAGUAUUUGCAUAAUACAUUUAUAGAUAGAAAUCCCUGAAGGGAGACCUGGAGUUCAUGAGAGACUGUUCUCAUGCGAAGUGGGAAGGGGUUGGCAGAAGAUAGCUGGCCACCUGGCAGCAACCUGGAGGCCCAGGGGCCAAAGCCCUUACCUGUUUCCUCCGAUAAAGGCCAUCAGUGUCUGCAUGACUGCACCUAGCCUUCAUCUUUUACUUCAGAAGCAACUGAUACUGAAGCACAGCAGCAGCAUCGGCAGAAAAUAGGACCUGUUGGUAUGUGUGUCUCAGACAACCUUUUCAUUUUUUAGCCAGGUGGAGGCCCAAACCUUGACCUCCAACCACCCACCUACAACUUCUUUUAUCUCAACUGCCUCCUCACAUGUGUAUGUGUUUCUUUUUUUUCGUUGGGUCCAGACAAGCUGCGCCACCUUUAGUCAUCCCGCAGACUGUGUACUAUGAUACUGGCUUUUGUUAUAAAGAAUCUGCUGGUUGGAGCUGCCAUCUUUACCCUUGAGGCUUCGUUUCUCCUUACCCAUCUGAAAUUGAGUGGUAGCAGACAGCUGAGAUGUGAGAAACACUAUAUUCUCUUCUUUACUGGCCCUUUACUGGAAAAGUGUUGGGAAUUCGUUGCACACCUGCAAGCCCUUUGUUCAGGCCCACCAAGGCAUUUCACCUGGAACAGACAAGGUCAGACAGGCCACCUAUUUAAUGGUUUGAUUGACAUUAUUUUAAUGUCGCUCCAUGGGGUCCUGUGUCUGGAUGGAUAUGAAAGUUAAUCUUCUUCUUUUGGCCUUCAUUUCUCUUUGGUCUGUCUCUCUCCCCUUCACGAGGACAAUGACAUUGCCAUUUUUCUCAGUGCUUUUGAUGGAUGUGUUUAUCAGACAGUGUCUCUCCAGUUCUUCGUGUGCUGCCCCGCACAGAUGUUGUCACCAGUGUUUGUUUUUCAACAAGAAUUAAAACCAUACAAACACUGUAGCUGACUCUCAAAUUAGGUUAAAGCCUCCUGGCCGAAGAUGCACCCCCUGUUGUCUACUUUACUUUGCUAGCAGCUAAAAAGUGACUUUGGAAGCAUGAAAACAAACUUAGUUCUGAAGUAUGACACGUGUGCAGUUUGAGCUUGGCAUGGCAUCUGUGUUCAGCCUGGCUGAGCACAACUUGUUUGAAUGUCAUAUUUAUCCCCGUGUUUUGUCAGAAAAUUAACUUCCUGCGAGUUUGCAGCAGAGCGGAGCAUAUGGCCGUGGCUCUCUGGAGAUCACAGCCUAGCGGAGCAGGAGCUCGCCAUUGCUGCUGCCCUGCUCUGGCGGCAGAUGCUCCAGGCUUCUUCGCGAUUAAGUGGAGAUCAUCACUGUUUUCUUUGAGCACCGCUGUGCCUUGUACUCUGAAGUGUUUCGUUAAUCACUGACUGCCUUCCUGCUCUUUCUACAUGAGCUGCUAUGAGACUGGAUAUCCUCCUUUCUCCACUCUGCUUCCCCAACCAGCAAAGAUCCACUCUACUGAAUUUUAGCAGUCAACCAUUUUGCUGGAAAGCAGAAGUUCAUUUUAACCCUGCUCGCUACUCUACAUUUAGAAACAUAAAUUAAUCUUCCAUGGGCAAUAACAGGCAUAUGCUGGUGUAGUUACUUGAAGCUACACUGCCCUUUGGUUGAAAAAAAAUGUUGGUUAAGUGCUGUUAACCACAAUACAAUUGUUUUUACGUUGUGGCAUUGGCUGAUGACUCUGCUCUGCACAUAGACAGAGUAGAGUAAUAUCUUUGUAGCUAGAUAUUACUUUCCCAGUAAAAUGUAUAUCAUGAGGUGUGACUAUUUUUGUCUUGACAGAUUUACAAAAUAGGAAAGAAAAAUACUUUUUCUGCAACUUUACUAACUUACUAACUUUACUAACUCUGUUUAAGGCACAUCUUACAGGGGGCGCUAACACUUUGUAAUAGCAAUUUAUGAAUGGAGCAAGAUGCCAUUUCUGACCCUCUUUUGCUGUUCACUCUUAUGGUAAACCAUGUUUGGCCUGGAAAAUGUUGUAAAUGCUUCUUUCUGUGUCGACCGACUAUUUUCUUUAGUCUUUCUAUUCGAGUUUUUCCCCAGUUGUCUAUGGAUGCUGCCACGUUUUUCAGUCCAGGCCUCUGAGGGCAGCAGAGGCUGUUCAGCACUGUUCAUAGUCUUUUUAUAGGGUUGACUCAGUUCCCGUUGUUCAAAUUAUACAGUUGUCAAACAUAAAUCAAUUUCUUUGUGUGUGUGUAUGAAGCUAAAUAAUGAGCAAAUUCAAUCUGAGAGCAGGUAUAAUUUAAGCUGUUUCUCCACAUACAGCACAGUAGAGGUGUAGACCUGCACAAGCAAACAUCUAUUGGUUUUGUUAAAUGCUGACACGCUUUAACCCUGAUUGAUCUUCAUCUCCGACACAAAUAAUAAUGUGAUUAGAGGAUUUUUCCUUUGCUUCUCUCUUUACAGAAUUUGAAAAUAACAUUAGGAUUCUUCUUUUAUGCUAAUCGCCUUGGUUGGAAGUGUACCCCUGUGCACCAAUAGGCCUCAGUAAUACCUCCUUUCUGCUAUAAAAAAAAAAAGAAAAAUCAAAAUAACCUAUUUGCAGUACACCCACUCACACAUUGCUUAGCCCUGUAACACUGUUAUUCUGCAUCCGUCAAAGCCUGGCUUGCUUGUCCCAGUACAGCGAUCAUUUCCCCACAAUAGCAGGAUGGCAUUACUGUUGCUGUUGAAAGCAUUUGCAUAGCAAAGCAAUAAUAUGCACCUUUUCAGGGAAAAAGACAGAACUGAUUCUGUUCAUCGCAGGUUGGAUUUCCUGGAUAAAGCAGUGCGAAAUGAUUUCCCUUAGUGUAUUUUACACCACAACACAAACACAUUUUCCUCAUCCAUAUCAUUAGCAUGUUAAAGCCCCAUUCCCAGAAAAAAAAGUUACAGUAUUUUAUUAUAUUGUCAUAUGUCUGUAUGAAUUCAUGAAAAAAUAAUCUAGUGGGAAUUCACCCUUUUUGCGCUUAUAUUGUCUGACAAGCUUCAUUUGCCUUAAUAUUUAUCCAUCCAUCCAUUUUCAUCUGCUUAUCUGUUACCGGGUCACUGGGGCAGCAGUCUUUAUGACUGCCACCCAAAUCACA